AUGUGGUUUUCUAGUUACGCUGCUGCGUAUCUCGCGGCCUUCACCGCUGGAGCGAGCGCGUAUGGAAUUCCCGCCCUGUCCGCUCGGGCGAAGGAUUCGGGUCCCAAGGCCGUCAACAUCAGCGUCCCGGUGGAUCAUUUCCACAAUGACACCAUCUACGAGCCUCACUCUGACAAGAAGUUUCCCUUGAGGUACUGGUUCGACGCGCAGUAUUAUCGCAAGGGCGGUCCCGUCAUCAUCCUUGCUGCGGGUGAGACCUCUGGCGAAGGCCGAAUUCCAUUCCUUCAGCAUGGUAUUCUGCAAAUGCUUGCCAACGCAACGGGAGGCAUUGGAGUUAUUCUCGAGCACCGAUACUACGGCACUAGUUUCCCUGUUCCGGAUCUCAAGACUGAAAACUUGCGCUUUCUUUCUACUGAGCAGGCCCUCGCUGAUACGGCUUAUUUCGCUCAGCAUGUCAAGUUCCCUGGUCUGGAGGAUCACAACCUGACCGCCUCCAACACCCCUUACAUCAUCUACGGUGGAUCCUAUGCCGGCGCAUUUGCUGCCUUUGCAAGAAAGAUCUACCCUGAUGUUUUCUGGGGUGGUAUUUCCUCAUCUGGUGUCACAGCAGCCAUUGUUGACUACUGGGAGUACUUUGAGGCAGCCCGUCUUUUCGCGCCCGGCGAUUGCGCCAAGGUCACACAGAAGCUCACACGCGUCAUCGACGAUAUCCUCCUCGGCAAAGACAAAGAGGAGAAGAAGCAGCUCAAGAUUGCAUUCGGUCUUCUCGGACUUAAAGAUGAUGACUUCGCUUCGGCUAUUUCUCGAGGUAUCGGCGGUCUUCAGAGCAACAACUGGGAUCCUGCGAUGGACGCUCCCGAUUUCGGCUACUACUGCGGCAGUGUCUCAUCAGACAGCCUUCUCUUCGCAAGCACUCGCCACCUCACUCCUUACGUCAAGAAGUGGCUCUCAUCCCACGGCCACAAGAGCGAAGUCAAGUAUCUGACCAACCGUUUCCUCAACUACAUCGGCUACAUCCGAGCCAAUGUCGAGAGUGACAAGUCUGGCAGCUGCGAUGGCAAGACCGUGAACGAGUGCUACUCCAUUCGCGGCUCUAUGAACGACACCAGUCUCAACCAAGGAUCUGGCCGUCCAUGGACGUAUCAAACUUGCACUCAGUGGGGUUACUGGCAGACCGGUUCCGGCGUACCCAAGGGUCAGCUCCCCAUGAUCUCACGCCUCGUCGACGUCGAAUACAGCACCAUCCCAUGCCGUGAGGAGUUCAACAUCACCACGCCGCCCAAUGUCGAAUCCAUCAAUAAGCUCGGCGGCUGGAACUUCAGCUACCCACGCGUAGCCUUCAUCGACGGCGAGUACGAUCCUUGGAGGGCCGCUACGCCUCACAAGAUCGGUCUUCCCGCUAGGAAGUCUACUGCCAGUGAGCCUUUCAUUCUGAUUCCUUAUGGUGUGCAUCAUUGGGAUGAGAAUGGGUUGGAUCCUGAUGCUACUGAGAUUGGACUGCCUCCUCCUGCUGUUGCGAAGGCUCAGCAUGAUAUUAUCGAUUUUACAAAGGGUUGGUUGGAGGAGUGGGAUAAGCAGAAGGGCAAGACUGCGAAGGACCUUUGA